AUGGACAUGGACACCAAUGCCUGCUGCUGCAUGGCCACAGACCCAGACACAGGCCUCAGUGGCAAAAAUCCUAUCCUUCAAUGCAUGGGUAACAGAGGCUUCUGUAGGUCUUCCUGCAAAAAGGGCGAACAAGCCUACUUCUACUGCAGAACUUACCAGAUAUGCUGCCUCCAGCCCUACGUGAGGAUCAGCCUUACAGGUGUAGAUGACAAAACUAACUGGUCUAAUGAGAAACACUGGCCAAGAAUACCGUGA